AUGCCAGAGGGCAAGAGGAAUGGGAAGAGUGCUGAUGUCAGAGCUUCUGUGUCUGCAAAGCAGAAGAAGCUGGGCUUCACUGAAAUGGAGCAGGCGCCGCCCGGGCCCAACAAAGAGGAGGCUGAGGCGGCGGCACGGUGCAGUCUCGCAGAGAAGGCUUUGGCACAAGCGACUUCGGAGGAACUCCGCUCGUGCAGUCCAGAGUACCUGAGCAACUUCGGAAUGCUUGCGGACAGUGGUGCUCUCUGGAGUGGCAAGCAUUUGACGAGGGCCAAAGAGGAGGUCCAGCCCAUGUUGGAGAUUGUCAUCCGUGGACACGAGGAGUUGGGAUCCCACACGUGGUACAUCAUCGACUGUGCCGUGUGGCGCCCCUGCAUGGAAUUUGCCCGUUCAGAGUGGCGGUGCUACCGCAGACUGGCACACUUGCGUCAGGGCUUGCAUGACCCCGUGAAGGAGCUUUCAGGGCAUAGCUAUGCCAAGCACUUUUCCGAGUCGCCCUUCGCGUACCAUGGGGCUCCCGCGGGCACAACGGCGCGACUACGUGCUUGGUGUCAGACUCUGUGCCGUUGCAUCAAUGGCUGCGAUACCCCCCCAGCCGUUGUCGCAACAGCUUUACGAUUCUUUGGGGCGCCAGCAAAGGACCCGGCUAUGAUUGCCCUUGCAAGAAGUUGCGAAGAGGACGAACGAGGUCUAUCCAUUGCCGCCGAAGAGUGA